AUGGGCCGGGCCGCGGCCAUGGGAGGGCUGGCUCUGGAAUUGGGUCUGGGGGCUUUGGCCGAGGCCGCCCGGACGCGGCUGUGGGGGCAGGAGCAGCCCCGGGGUUCCGGCCCCUCCCCCCUGCUGUCAGAAGCCACCGCUGAGCGUUUGGUGGCCGCGCUGAGCCGGGCCCGGGGGGCGGCUCUGAAACUGGGCCAGUUCCUCAGCAUGGCAGACUCGUCGGUGCUGACCCCGCAGCUGCAGCAGAUCCUGGCCCGGCUCCGGCAGAGCGCAGAGCCCAUGCCGGGCUGGCAGAGCAGGGCUGUGCUGGAGGAGGAGCUGGGCCCCGGCUGGCGGGAGCAGCUCCAGGAAUUCCAGGAUUUUCCCGUGGCCGCCGCCUCCCUGGGCCAGGUGCACUGGGGCCGGCUCCGGGAUGGAACCGAGGUGGCCAUCAAAAUCCAGUACCCGGGCAUCGACCGCAGCAUCGGCAGCGACAUCGAGAACCUGCAGAGCCUGCUGAGCCUGAGCCCCGGGCUGCCCAAAGGUCUGUUCGCGGCUCACUCCCUGCGCUCUCUCGGGCUCCAGCUCCAGCUCGAGUGCGAUUACGGGCGCGAGGCGCGGAGCGCGCGGCGCUUCCGGUCCCUGCUGGGCCCUGACCCGUUUUUCCGGGUCCCGCGGGUUCUGUCCCAGCUCAGCUCCCGCCGCGUGCUCUGCACCGAGUGGGGGAGGGGCGAGCCCCUGGAGCGCUGCCGGGGAAUCCCCCAGGAACGGCGGGACCAGCUGUGCUCGGAGCUGCUCCGGCUCUUCCUGCAGGAGCUUUUCAGCUUCCGCUUCAUGCAGACCGACCCCAACUGGGCCAAUUUCCUUUAUGAGCCCGGGACACACACGGUGACGCUCUUGGAUUUUGGGGCGUGCCAAGAAUUCGAGCAGGAAUUCACCGAUCUCUACAUCGAGGUGAUCAAGGCUGCAGCUGAGCGGGAUGAGGAGAAAAUCCUGAGGAAAUCCCAGGAGCUGAAAUUCCUGACGGGCUUCGAGUCCCAGGCUCUGCAGUCCCUGCACGUCCAGGCCGUGCUGCUGCUGGGGGAGCCCUUCUGGGGGUCGCAGCCCUUCGAUUUCGGGGCGCAGGGCACGGCCCGGGCGCUGCGGGCGCUGCUCCCCCCGAUGCUGCGGGGCCGCCUGGGGCCCCCCCCCGAGCCCAGCUACGCCCUGCACCGCAAACUGGGGGGGCUCUUCCUGGCCUGCGCCCACCUGGGCGGGCGAGUGCGCUGCAGGGACAUCUUCCAGCGGGUCUACGAGGAGUACUGGCGGACAAGAAAUACAGAGAGCACCCCAAAAACACAGGGGAACACCCCAAAAACGGAACCGGAGUCGGGUGCUACCAAAUAA